AUGGCCCCCUCUCAGCUCCCCCCGAUUUUCAACCCCACCCCCCAGGACAUUGAGAUGCUCCUGGCGGCUCAGUGCCACCUGGGAUCCAAGAACCUCCAGGUGCACAUGGAGCCUUACCUCUGGAAGCUCCGUCCCGACGGUGUCAACAUCCUGAACAUCGGCAAGACCUGGGAGAAGAUUGUCCUGGCCGCCCGUAUCAUCGCUACCAUUGACAACCCGGCCGACAUCUGUGUCAUCUCCGCUCGUCCCUACGGCCAGCGUGCUGUCCUCAAGUUCGCCUCGCACACCGGUGCCACCGCCAUUGCCGGUCGUUUCACCCCCGGUAACUUCACCAACUACAUCACCCGCUCUUUCAAGGAGCCCCGUCUGAUCAUCGUUACCGACCCCCGCACCGACGCCCAGGCUAUCAAGGAGGCCAGCUACGUCAACAUUCCCGUCAUCGCUCUUUGCGACACUGACUCCCCCACCGACUUCGUCGACGUUGCCAUCCCCACCAACAACAAGGGUCGUCACUCCAUUGGUCUCGUCUGGUGGAUGCUUGCCCGUGAGGUCCUCCGUCUCCGUGGCACCCUCGCUUCCCGCGAGGCUGAGUGGGACACCGUUGUCGACCUGUACUUCUACCGCGACCCUGAGGCCGAGGAGAACAAGGAGAUCGCCGACGAGACUAAGGUCCCCGGUGCUGAGGAGAUUGGCCCCGCUGCCGUCGAGUCUGGCUUCGCUGGUGAGAACUGGGACACCCAGGCUCCUGGUGCUGGUGCUCCUGGCACUGCUUUCGCUGCUGCUAGCGCCGUUGGUGCCGCCAGCUGGGACGCCGAGGGUGGUGACUGGGCCGCCAGCUCUGCUCAGCCCGCUGCUGAGAGCUGGGCCGAGACUCAGCCCGCUGAGAACAAGUGGUAG